AAAUCACCAAGAUUUCAUUUUGUUUACACGUCGGAAAAAUAAUAAUUUCUUUCAUCAUAGAAUAACUUUAUAUUGAAAUCAACUCUUCUGAAUUAAUGAAGGGAUGUUCAAGAGUACAGUAUGCUGCAUCAAGUUAUUUUGGCAAUCUAAGAAGACUUGCAAUUCAGAUGACUGUAGUUAAUUCGUCAUAGUGUUCAAAGAAGAAGAAUGAUCAGGAACUAAUGUUUGACUUUACUUUUUUUAAAGUCGACUCUGUCAUAUUGUAGUACAAGAUUGGAAAGCUAGAAGUAAAGCCUAUGUUACUUAUAUAAAUAGGAGCCACUUAGGCAAGAAGGAGAAACAUUCUUUGUGUUUGUGUGCCGUAAUAAAAAUCAACAAAAAUACAACAUUGGCGGUAGAAACAGAUCUAAAUUUUGAUUUAGCCAUGUCGCAGAACAAUUGGCCAUUUGUCAUCAAUGUUGGAAACAGUAUUAUUGGUGUAACCAUCUUGGCUAUGCCAUUUUGCUUCCAAGCUUGCGGCAUAAUUCUAGGCACUUUACUGUUGUUGUUUGCUACAUGGUUGACUAUAGUGUCAUGUCAGCUGCUAAUGAAGGCAGGUGUAACUUCUAGAAGAAGAUCAUACUCUCUCCUAGCCUUUUUCACUCAUGGAGCUCUUGGGAAGUUAAUAGUUGAAAUUGGGAUGAUAGGUCUACAACUUGGUACAUUGAUUGCCCAGGUUGUAAUUAUAGGCGAUCUUGGUCCAGCUAUUGUCUCAAAAGCCACAGGACUCCAGAAUAGUGAUAACCUGAGGACGGGCAUCAUUGUUGUUCUGUGUUUAUUUGUUGGGCUGCCACUGGGCCUCUUAAAGGAUGUCCGUACACUCAGCAAGACUAGCACUCUUUGUAUACUUUUUUACGCUUUCUUUACAUGUUAUAUUGUAGCAUUAUCUGUUCCAAACUUAAUAAUCGGUGACUGGUACAACAAAGUGAAUUUCUGGAGAAUGGAAGGAUUCUUCCAAUGUUUGCCCAUUUUCUCAUUUGCGUUUGGAUGUCAGACGCAAUUAUUUAUAGUGUAUGAUGCUUUGGCUGAUCCAUCAUUGAAAAGAAUUAACGGGAUUGUGGGGUCAGCAGUCAACAUGUGUACUGUCAGUUAUCUACUGGUUGGAUUUUUCGGGUAUAUAGCUUUCUGCAAUGCUGGGGAUCUGUCGGGAGACAUAAUCAAUCAUUUUAGACAGAACAGCGCCUGUGAUGCCAUCAAGCUACUAUUUGUGUUCUCUAUAGCUGUCACUAUACCUCUGAUUGUGUUCCCAUGCAGGGCCUCCCUAUAUACACUCUGUUUUCCUCAUGCUCAUAAAACAAGAGAAGAUGUACCAGGUGGUGGAAAAAUACCUGAGUUACAUUUCAAAAUUAUAACAAUCAUUAUAAUUGUUGGGUCCAUGAUUAUUGGAAUUCUUAUACCUAACAUUGAGUUUGUGCUGGGCAUUAAUGGAGCUACAAUGGGAACAUUGAUAUGUUAUAUUUUCCCUGCCUUGUUUUUUCUGAGUGUAAUGUCUGAUAAAGCAGAAGGUCUAUUCACUGGAAAGGUUGUCCUUGCGUUUGGUCUCACAAUUAUGAUAGCAAGUACAUACACUAUAUUGACAAAAGAAUCUACGGAAGUUAGGGUAGAUCCGCUCGAUAUUGGCGACCAAAACCCUGUCAUAGAUAUCAGCAAGAUUGAGAACUCUAAAAAAUUUAUUGACAACCUGAAUGGAGAGAUGGCAGUUGCUGGCAAUGGAAGUAAAACACAAGAUAAACCAGAAGGUGUACAAGAAAGACAGGAACCACCAAUACCACAGGAACCAGUAGAUGAUAUUGAGAAAGUGAAAAAGGAGACAGUAGACAUAAGUAUAAAGAAAUCAGAAAAUGAAGUAAAAGAUAAAGUGGAUACUGAAAAACAUAAAGAGACUGUUGAUAAAAAAGAGGAUAACAAACCAAAGGAAUCAGAUAAAGGAGCAGAUGUAGAUGUUGACAAAAAGGAAGAGGAAGAUAAAGAGAAACAGGAAGAGAAGAUGAAAGAGGCGGAGAAAAAACAAGAUGAGAUAUUGGCUAAGUUAGAGCAGCAGCAAGAGCAACAGGAAAAGUUGAUUCAGGAACAGAAAGAGAUAUUGGAACAGUUGAAGGAACAUAAGGAUAGUCAUAAGGACGAUGAAGUUGCAAACCCGCAGAAGCAGUUGAACCAAGAUCAAGGUGGUCAGGUCAUUCAAGGAAAUGCUGACAUACAGAACCAGAAGGUUGAUGUUCAAAUUCCUGUUCAAAACCAGCAAGGUGGUGCUUUGAAUAUUCAGCAAAACAUUCCAGGUGGUGUUCAUAAUCUUCAACAAAAUGUUCAAGGUGCAGGUCAGAAUCCUCAACAAAAUGUGCAAGGUGCUGUUCAAAAUCUUCAGCAAAAUGCACAAGGAUAUGUUCAAAAUAAUCAGCCAAAUGUUCAAGGUGGUGGACAGAAUCUUCAGCCAAAUGUUCAAGGUGUUGGACAAAAUAUUCAGCCAAAUGUUCAAGGUGUUGGACAGAAUGGUCAAUUAAAUUCACAAGGUAAUGCACAAAAUUUUCAGCAAGCUGGUCAAAAUAUACAAAAUGUAGCAGUUCAGAAUCCACAGCAAAAUUUGCAAGGUCAAAAUCUGCAGCAAAAUGUGCUGGGUGUUGGCCAAAAUAUACAAAAUGUAGCAGUUCAAAAUCCGCAGCAAAAUGUGCUAAAUGGUGGCCAAAAUAUUCAGCAAAAUGUACUUGGUGAUCAGAAUCUUCAGCAAAAUGUACCAGGUGGUCAAAAUCUUCAGCAAAAUGUGCAAGGUGGUCAAAAUCUUCAGCAAAAUGUGCAAGGUGGUCAAAAUCUUCAGCAAAAUGUACAAGGUGGUCAAAAUCUUCAGCAAAAUGCACAAGGUGGUCAAGAUCAACAAAAUUUAGUAAACAAUGCCCAGAUUUAUCAACAACAAAACCAGCAACAAUUUGAUAAGGGUCAGCAGAUUCAGGUCCAAGACAAGCAGGUGCACAAUAAUCCAAUGCUUGGAAACCUUCACAACUUGCAACAGAAUGCCAUAAAUGGUGAUAAGAUAGAUGAUAAUAUUCAGUUGAAACACAGAGGGAAAAGGGAGAGUGAUGUACUUGAAAAUAAUGUUGUUAAUGCUCAGCAAGAAGGUAUAGUAUCAAAUAAUGGUGUUGAUACUGCAAACCAAGGUGGUGUUAAUACACAGAUAGACUCACAAGACAAGGUAAAUGCUGAUGUAGCGGCAGAUAACAAUAACAAACUUGAUGAAGAUGGGGAAACGGAUGUUUCAAACAAGGGAAAUAAUGGACAAAGAGACUUGAAGCAAGUUCAUUCUUAUGUGGAAAAGGCUCAGUAUGGUAGUGACGGUUAUAUAAAUGAGGUUUUAAAUGGAUUGAAAUACAAACAUAUAAAUGAUGUUGGGAAAGAAGUUGUUGAUAGAAUAGAUGUGUUUAGAAAGGUUAAUAGAAGAUAAUAGCUUCAGGUGUGUGCAUUGUAAGCAAUUUGCAAACUACUCGAAUACUGUUUGAGAGAUAUGCUUACAUGCAUUGUUAAACAGGACACAUUAUAAUGCAAAGUCAUUAGUUAACUAAACUGGUAUUUUGUUUAGAAAAUAAGUCACACUUUUGCCAUGAUUUAAUCUUAACUUUUUUUUUUAAUUGGUACUUUUUUCUUGUUUAUUUAUUGGAUUUUAUGUUAAAAAUAUAAAAUUAUUUAACAACAGUAUAUAGUCUUGUUAGGCAGAAUAUGGUCACCUUAGUGCAGUAAUGGAAUAACUUGUAUUAAAGUAUAUAAGGAGUUAACCCGUUAUUGCACUAAGGUGAUGAUAUACAUGUAUAUACAAGUUAAACUGGCUCUUUGUUCCAGCAUUUUCCCAGUGUCACCACAAAUCAGAUUAUCAGAUACAUGCCCAAUGACAAAUACCCUUAUUUUUUCCCAAUCUUUCAAAAAUAUUUCCAGUUAAACUGGAGUUUCCCAUAUCAUUACUUACAAAUUUGUUGAAGUUUAUUCCAGUAUCCUAAAAGAUCAAUGCGUGCAAUAAAUCUCUCCAAUUUAGUAUCAAUUUGAUUUUCCUAAGAUGUGACAAGUUUCUAAAAUACUAGAACUAUGCCAAAAGAUACCAAAUUGAGGAUUUUAAAAGUUUCAAGUACAAUGUAUAUUUCGUAAUUUGGCAAUUUUAUGUUACUGUACACACACAAGUCUUUAUUGCCAGUAGCAUACAUGUAUUUCAGUUUAAGAUUAAACUUUUUGUUGUAUUUUUCAAAUGAUGUCAAAGAUCAUCAGGUCAACUUGUCUUUAUUUUUUUGAGUCAUAUGAUAAUGUCUUCUUUUGUAGGGCUAUCUUCAGGUCAGCUGGGGUUUCUUUUCCCCCAACUGAUAUAUUUACAAAUGACUCUAAGAUUUCAAUGAAUCUUUACAGUAGAAACUACUGAAACUACUGAAGUUCUCCUCAAUUUUGACUUUUACUAAAGAGCGUUUGCCUUUUUCACAGUUCAAAGCAGCUUGCAAAGUUCUUCUGUUUAUGAUGUGUGGCCUCUCAAGCCUGGGAUCAUGGGUUUGAGUCCUAAUUUUUGUAUUUUCUUCAAUAUAUCUAAGAAAUAUUCUAAAAUAGAUUUUCUAAUAGCAAAUAUUUAUUUGUGACUGUUGUAUUUAUUGCUCAAUGUAAAUAGAACUCUUUGUUUCUAGAAAGGAAAUCUUGACUAUGGGAUUGUGGUAGAAUUUUUAAUAAUAUUUGUCUCAUAUUGUUUUAACUACUUGAUGAUGAUGUCAAUUCUUCUUUGUCAAAUGUUAAGAGUUUUCUUCACCAAUUUUGGAGAUUAUCUUAAAAAUCUGAUGUCAGUAUACGCUCAAAGCAAAUAUAAUUCAUGUGAAAAAUUGUUCAUAAACUAAAACAUAUAUGUAUAUUGCUGCAUUAUUUUUGAAAUCCUUAUUGAAGUAAUUUGUUAAUCUAAGAUUUAUUUCUUUGAUAUAAAUCCAUAUAUUUUUUUGUAUAUACAACAAUAUACAACAUAUACAUAUACAACAUAUACAUUCAUUGUUAAGCGCAUGAGUUUGUUUUAGAUGAUUUAUGUAUGCAGCUGUUGGAUAAUUGUUAAUUUAAUUAUUUUAUACAUAUGUGCUCUCACCAUUGUUAAGGAUAUCAUACCAUUUACUCAUUGAAGCUUGCAGUUUCACAAUGUUGUUUGCGUAACUGUGGGUUAUUGUGGUCACUGACUGUCCGUGCUUCAUUUUCCAUUGGUCUGUCUCACCACGCUGGAUUCCAAUGUUAUCUGUGACUUUGGAUUCUUUCCAGCUAUCCAUCUAGUUUAGAGACUGUCAGAGGUUCUACUCGGGUGACUGUUUGUGCCAGUUUCAAUGCAUGUUCUUCCUCCACCACUUAAGCUGGAAAAUGGAGGGAAAAAUGACGAAAAUUACUAUAUUUUCAUUCAGGGUUUUUGAUUGGAACUAUAUUUGAUAAAAAUUCCAUAGUUCUCUAUAACCUCACUUUCGUUUAUUCAUAAAUAUUUCAGUGACAAUGCGUCUUGUCAAGGAUUGAUUUUAGUUGAAAUACCACCCUGUGAGAAAAUUUAGGGUUUAGAAUUUUUAAUACAAGUAUCCGAGAUUAACACCUUCCUAUUUAUAAGUCUAAUAGUAGAUUUAUAAUUGUCUAUUUAGCCAAAAGUUUCGCAUAGCCACAGGUUUUAAUUUUGUUAUAUCCAGUGUACCCCUUUUCACCUUAAAGCUUCUAUAUUUUGUCCCACUUUUCACUGGAAGACAGUUUCUUUUGUAUACAUUUAGACAGGAAUUAUCAAGGGGUUUUCUAGGAGAAAAUAUGUGUUUAAAGUUUACUAGAUGAAUAUUCAUAGAGUCUCUUUUAAUUUGGCUUUGAUUGACAUAAGAAAUGUUGAAUCCUGUAAAUAAAGAAUUAUCUAGAGAAAUGUACAAUGCUUUAUUGGAGUUCCACUGAGGUCCAAAAGCCUAAUAUUGGGGGGCAUUUCAAACAGACAGAUAUACAGAAUUAAAUAAGAAAUAUACUCAUAAAUAGAUUGAAAAUGUUGUUUUUGUGCUGUUCUUAACCCGAAUUUUGUGAAAUGCCUUGAAACGCUUUUCAGUUUUGGGUCAUUUUUUCACACUUUGAAUAAUUAUUUCCUGACACAUCAGAGUGAGUGAAUGAUCUGGAAUUUUUCACACAAAACCUACAUCAAAUAGAGCAUUUAUCUUAAGGAUUUAUUUCCAGUCCUGUCAAAAACGCUCCGUGGAAUCCCUCUGAGUCACAUUAGCUUUUUUCCUGCUCUACGUUUGCAUAAGGAUGUUCUAUUUGUCCAUUUACUCCAUCCCAAAUUGGUCAUUCUUUUUUUCAAUGCUUGAUGUUGCUGACUUCAGAUAACUUGCCUCUCAAUUAGCUGUUGUUGUGGCAAAUUUAUUAGGCAAUGAUUCAAAUAUGUAUAUAGUAAUAAGUUGAAUGGGUAUUAAAUAUUAAGCUACCAACAUUAUAAGUAUAGAGGUACAGAGUCUGAUCAGACUGCAUGGAUUUGCAUGUUGGCCUUGCUCUAUAUUGGUAACUAAUGCUUUUAGAGGGUUCUUAUCGCAAUUAAACCCAUGGUGAUAGCCUCAGGGAAUAUAGAAAAACUCAUUGUGGGUUCCACCAGUUUAUGGGUUAAAGUUUGAGUAAAUAGUAUCACAAUAUAUUACAGUUUUGUUUAAUUUAUUUAUUUGAUUUAAUUUUUAUUUUGUGGGGGGGGGGGGUUUGAGGGCCUUCUUGGCUUAAGGUUGUUCACUUCAAACCACUUGCCUCUCACUGCUGUAUGUCGGAGUCAUGCCAGAAAGCAAUAGCUAGUCGGUUGUUCUACUCAGGUACCCGUUUGUGCCUGAAAUGAUGUGCAGAGGGGCACCUGAGGUCUUCCUCUGUCGUCAGGCUGGAAAGUUGCCAAAUUACCUAUACUGUGUUGGUCUGACAUUGAACCCAACCAAAAAUAUAUAAAAAAGGGAAUAAAAAAUAUGUUUUUUUAUUCCACAUAGUGGUUGGAUGGAAUGGAAAUAUAGUUUCCAAGAUAAAUUCAGGUGAGCAUGUAUGUGCCAUGAUUUUCUAUCACAUUGUUUAUACUCAUUUAUGUAAUUGUUUUAACCUUUAACCUGCAAAAUCUUUGAAAUGGACUUGUCCAGCUUCUGUUAUGGAACUGUCCAUUCUCACUUUUUGGGAAUAAGAUGAAAAUUUUCAGGUAGUCAGCCACCAGUAUAUAACCUGGUGAUUUAGCCUGGUGAUAUAGCCUAGUCAUAUAACCUGGUCAUACAGCCUGGUCAUAUAACCUGGUCAUAUAGCCAGGUUUUAUACGGGUGGCUUGUCACAAAGGCUUGUCACUUUAGAUUCAAGCAUUGAAAGAGUUAAAUAAUAAAGGGACCAAAUAUUUAUAUUGUUUAGUUAUAAAAGAUAAUGUGUUAAAGAUAUGUGUUGUUUUAGACUUUUUUCUUCCUAAUGAUUUUUUUGCUGCAGUACAACAAAUAUUUAAUUUAGGUGUGUUGUACUUGAUUCUCAUGUUACUUUUGUAUAUGUGGUUAUAUUUCAUGCACAAUCUUUAACUGAUUAAUCUUUUUCAUAUUAAUUUGUUUAGUUGUGAUAAAGAUGAUAUUUACUGUCGUGUGAUAUGGACAAAGUAAAUAAAAUGCAAAUAUAGCACUGUAGUUAUAAAGAUUUUGUUGCAGUAAUACUGUAUACAGCAGUGGUGUUGCACAGCAGUUGUGUUGCAGUAAUACUACAUAUAGCAGCUGUGUUGCAGUAAUACUGUGUACAUCAGCUGUGUUGCAGGAAUACUGUAUACAUAAGUUGUGUUGCAGUAAUACUGUAUACAGCAUUUGGGUUGCAGCAAUACUGUAUACGGCAGUUGUGUUGCAGCAAUACUGUAUACAGUAGUUGUGUUGCAGCAGUACUGUAUACAGCAGUUGUGUUGCAAUAAUACUGCAUACAGCAGUUAUGUUGCAGUAACAUUGUAUACAGUAGUUGUGUUGCAGUAAUAUUGUCUACAGCAAUUGUGUUGUUUAUUUUUUUGAGUUCAAAUAAUUUGGUUUGAUUCUUAUCACUAAGUAUACAAGCAAUUAUUCUGCAUAUUACAGAUAGCUUGCUGUAGCGUUAUACCAUUAAGAUAUUCUUAAAGGUGUAUGCUUGAGUCACAUAGGGUUUUCUUUAAUUUUCUCUAUCAUAAUUUUUUUCAUGCGGAUAUUUUUAUCCACAAUGUCUGUAAAAGUAUGAGUGAUUUUGUUGAUAGUAUUUAGUAUCAUAAAUUACAACAGAACCACAACAGAAAUAUAUAUAUAUGAGCCACGUCACGACGAAACCAACAUAAUGCGUUUGCGACCAGCAUGGAUCCAGACCAGCCUGCGCAUCCGCGCAGUCUGUUCAGGAUCCAUGCUGUUCGCUUACAAACCCUAUUACAUGAAGAGAAACUGAUAGCGAACAGCAUGGAUCCUAAUCAGACUGCCCGGAUGCGGUCCUGGAUCCAUGCUGGUCGCAAACGCAUAACGUUGGUUUUGUCGUGACGCGGCUCAUAUAUGAAUGUUGUUGACAAGUGUGAGAUACAUGAUCCUAUAUUACAUAUAUAGAUCUAGCAGAUAAUAAAUUGUUCUAAAACAAAAUAAUAUUCAUCAUUUUAAAAAUAGUAUUCAUCAUAUGAAUAUUAAUUUUAAAUCACUUAGAACUCUAUCAACAUUUUUUUCCAAGAAAUAUUUAUAUUUAAUGCUAGCAUAUGUCUUUAAGCAAAGAGUACUGUGUUUUAAAUAUUACACGAGAUUUUAAAUUUCUUCUGAAAGUAUUUUUGUAUUAUAUAUAAAUUAUAGCUUAAAUCUUGAAUUGUUAUAUUUAUUGUAAUUGCAAAGCAAAUAAUAAAAUGCCAAUAAAAUCGCUUGUCUAUA